AUGGAGUUUCCCUUGUUGGAGACGCUGAAAUCUCAACCGGUAUGGGUGCUUCCCCUGCUAUCAGUUGGCUUCUUCAAUUUGUUGAGGGCCUCUCUCUACUUCCUUUGGUGGAUCUAUGUCUUCUUCCUUCGACCUUCCAAGAACCUUCUGGGCUAUGGCCGAUGGGCAAUCGUCACCGGGCCAACCGACGGUAUUGGAAAGUCCAUGGCCUUCGAGAUGGCCAGGAAAGGGGUCAACCUGGUCCUCGUCGGCCGGAGACCUGAUAUGCUGAAGCAGGUCACGGGUGCGAUUAAGGCAGAAGUGCCGACUAUUGAGGUUGUGACUGUCGUCUUCGACCUCAACGAGGACAUCGCAGACGGGGUCAAGCGACUCGGGGACGCCAUCAGAGGGCUUGACGUGGGGGUACUGAUUAACAAUGCUGGGGUGUCCUACCGUGUCCCCAAGUGCUUGCACGAGGUCGACGAGGAGAUGUUCAGCGAGCUAGUAAACGUUAACAUGGAGGCGUUGACGGACAUCACACGCCUGGUGCUGUCGGGGAUGGUGAAGAAGAAGAAAGGCGCCAUCGUCAACCUCGGAUCUGCGUCGACUGUUGUCACUCCGUCUUAUCCCAUGCUUGCUGUUUAUGCUGGCACAAAAGCGUAAGUCUUUCAAAGUGAGCCUGGUUGUGUAUCGUCGUCGUCAUCAUUUUGUUCUUGUUUUUCUUGUCUUUCGCUCUGCGGCCCCCGGUCCGCCCUUUUAUCUCCCUCACAUAUCUUUAUGUCACCUUACCGAUUUCCAUCGCGUGUGCGUAAUCUUUUUAUGUUGUUCGCCAUAUUUAUUUUUCUUACAAACCUAUUUCUUUUCCUCGUUUUCCAUGUACCUCUUUCUACCAUCCUCAUCAUCCGACGUUCUCCAAGUUAAAAAUUAUCUUACUCCCCUAAAGUAUUUACAACAAAUUUUUUAAUGCGUGGUACAGAUCUAGCACAUGUUCUUUCAGAUUCGCUAACUUUCUUUAGUCAUUAAUCAGUUAUGUGGAUAGUUUGUCGAGAAGCCUGCACCAAGAGUAUAAGAAUAAUGGGAUCGACAUUCAGUGCCAGGUAACAAUUAUAUUCUUCAUUUUUCCAAAUUUAUGGAUCUGCUCCCGAAAGAAUUAUUCAUACUUUAUUAUAUGUACAGCCUAAUAUCCAUAAGCUUCAUGUCUUAACCAGUUUUUUCAAACUCCUAACUUUUAUUUUCGGUUUAGUCUUCAUUCAAGUUUGGGGACGGGAACAGUCUGGUUAGGUCUGAAACAUUGUCCAGUUUUUCGAACAUGGACCUCGAACUGAAGUCUGAAAGGACAUCACACGCCUCGAACAUGGACAUCACACGCCUGGUUAGAUCAAAACUGGCUCGGUUCCAUAUUUAUCUGGUCUAAGUUCAGGCUCCAGUAGAGUUCAUCGAUCAGAAACAGUUUACUCGGUAUGUUGUGUCAUCGCGAAUACCCACAUCUGAGUCCGUUUUUCCCUUCUGCUUCCAUCAGAACUAAACCUUGAGGCCCCGAUCCCAACAGCAACAUUAUUCCCCCUUUCAACCUAGCGAUCACCCCCAAAACCCACCCUUUCAUCUGUCUCUAGAAUAUCCCUCGGUUUCCUUAUGGAGCGAGAAAUCCCGAUAGCUUUUUCUCCAUAAGACUUGGUUGAACUUGUUUUGAUUCUAAAGGUAUGCACUAGCUCUGCGUGCGGUUCCUCCCUUCUCCCUCCUGCAGCAUAUCCUCUAAGUGCUCCCCCCGUUACCUCGUCACUGCCCGUUCCAGUCCAGGUCGACCGCAUGCCAUCCCCUGCCUCGCCGCGAUGCCUAGCGUCAGCGCCCUUCCCUCGGCGGUAACUAUUAGUCUCAUCACAAAAUGUGUCCCUCCUGCGUCAUUACUGACCUUGCCAUAUUGCUGGUUGCUCCUGAUAAACUGCUAUGGGAAUUCAGACCCUCGUUUCUCAGUCUUUCCUGUGGUGCCAGGGUAGGUUAGAACGGUAUAAGGUGUUCUCGAGCUUUGGUUGUACUUGGCAGCCUCAAGCCUAGCCCCACAAGUUGGUAUCCUUGAUUUUUUUGGAAGAUAUAACUUUAGAUCUCUAAACUAAAUGAGUACUUCGAUCUAGUAAGUACAAUGCAAUCUGUAUUCGGCUCUUCCUACAUUUUAUUCUUUAUGUUUGGUCAGGUUCCCUUAUUCGUGGUAACAAAGAUGGUUCCAGACAAGAAACUUUAUUUCUUCAACCCUAGCCCAGAUGGGUACGCUCCAUCAGCCGUUCGUGCCAUUGGCUAUGGAGCUACAGUAAUCCCGUAUUGGCGGCAGUCACUGCAGGCUUAUCUAGCUACAUACGUGCCCGUGGGUAUCUUUAAUGAACAGCUAUUGCGUUCUGCCCUUCGAAGAAGAGUGUUGUACCCUUACGGGUGA